AUGCACACUACAAAUUUCAUACCGCAUCAGCCCAGGUCCAAAGAUCCCAAGAAUAUUCCGGAGCCGGUCUUUACCCAGGGUGAAGUUGUGGAUUUGAUUGAUUCACCAGUGAAACCUGUGGAUCAUCUCAUUCCACCAGGUGUGAACCCGGACGAGGUGGAUACGCUGCCUUUCAACGGCGAUGGCGCAGAGAUGGAAGCGUGCCAUCCUGAAGGCCAGCACGGUGACGAGGCUCAGUCUCAGAAGGGUGAGGUUCAGCAGAGUAGCAGCAAGGAUGGUGAGGAUGAUGACGUGACGCCGGCUGCACAAGCCAAUCUUCGUGCUUCCCAGAGGGUUUCCAACAAGGGUCGCAAGGGUCGUCCCUGGAAAAAUGCUGAUGGUGAUGCCCCCAAACCAAAAUCAAAAGCGCGGAGUAAGGCUCAUAAGGAAUCCAAGGGUUGCCCUAAGGCUAAGUCUAGGGGUCGGCCGCCAAAGGCGGAGAAGUCUGAGCUGAAACCCAGGGUUCGAGGUGGAAAAAAAAAGGACAAGUCAGGGGACGAUGUGAAGAAUGGUUCCGCUGGUUCAUGCCCUGAUCCAAUCACACCCUCCGAGCCUGCUCCGAAGAGACGCGCGCGCACCAAGAGUGUGGCACGAUCUCCGCCUCAGAGUGAGAGUGCUGAUGGACGCACAUUUGGGUGUGCCGCCUCCUUCCCACCUUGGUGCGUGUGUGUUGUUCUUUUGCUGGCAAUCCUUCUGCUGUUCUAUACCGAUGGCCUUCCCAUGGAUGAGACCUGCCAGACCUGGGACGCUUUGGAGAUUUGCUCGUGCAAGGCGCUGUUGAGCCGGGUUCUCCGUUUCGGACGUGGCAUCCAAGUAGCCGCUUUUGACCUCAUCGAUUGGGAAGGGUAUGCCACGACGCGUGGGUUGCCAGGGUGUCGGAACCCGCUGGAUAUGGCCACUUCUGCUGGCAUGGCGUUGUUACUUCUAAGCUGUUUGAGGGCCAAGAAGAGGGUGGUUGUCCAUUUCGGUUUGCCUUGCAGUAGCUGGGUGCUGCUCAGUAGAGCCACGACGGCCCGGACGUACCUGGCUCCCCUUGGAGACCUUUCUGUCAGCAGUGUCAAGCUUGGAAACCUACUUUGUGCCAGGAUGUGCAUCCUCAUCUACAUAAUCCUAGCCCACAAGGGAACGUUCACAAUAGAGCAGCCCUCUACGUCACUCCUUUUUCGUCACCCACGAUUUCGACAAAUCGUUGGGUUGGUGAGAGUUUAUUCAGUUCGAUUCUGGAUGCGACUUCUGGGCAGCAAGUACCCGAAAAGGAGUGUGAUUUGGGGAAACACGCAGAAAAUCUGGCGUUUCAAAACCGGCCAGUUGAAAACCCGGAAAUCCAAGAAGAGUAUGUUGGUUAAACGUUAUCGAGACCAACGUGGCAGAUCCCGUUUUGUGGGAAAAACGAAGGCUUUGAAGCAUUCAGCGUGCUACCCGUUGGGCUUUGGCCUCCGUUACCUGAGUAUGUUUGAAGAUCUACAACAAAGGAACUUUGAUUUGAAGGACCCUUGCGAGGUUCCUCCGGCUUCGGAGAUUACAAUGGGCCACGUCUUGGAUGCCAUGAAGCACAACUUUGGCGAUCUUUGGGAGGAUGCUGAAAUGUGGGAAGUUUGCCAGUACCUUUACGGUAACCAUAAGUGUACAGUGCCGGAAAAGGUCAAAGCACAGAUCCCCAAACUAUAG